CUCGCGAGAUCUCUCGAGCGAAAAGAUGGCUGCGCCCUAUCUAGCUUAGCUUCAUGCCGAUUGACGACACAUACUUAACAAUGGAAAAGAAUAUGAGCGAAGUGUUGCGCCACCUGGUGGAAGUCGAAGAAGCCGCUGAUGACAUUCUCACGGAUAAAAUGCAGUUGGUUAAUUUGGAUCGAAAGAAGAACAAAAACAGAGAGGCCAUCAGAUCUCUAAAGACUGUUCCUUCUACCUCCACCUCCACUAAGGAGCAGAAAGCGUGGGUCUGCUUCGGCAACAUGUUUCUCAAGAUUCCCUUGACUAAAGCUAAGCAAGUACUUGAGGAAGACCAAGAGCAGCUCGAUCGUGAGAUCGACUCGCUAAGAGCGAACCUGAAGGCGAAGGUGAACAGGCUGAACGAACUGGAGGGGAAGGAAGAGUUGAAAGGUUUCUCGCUGGCGGCGCUAGACAGAAACGAGAUGGCAGCGAUGAAGCAAGGUCGACCGGGGUCGUCGUGACACCCUGAGACAUCGUGACACACUGAGACGUCGUGACACACCGGGACAGUGUGACAUCGAUACAAGCUGAAACGUUGUGACACCCUGGGACAUUGGUGACACCCUGAGACGUCGCGACACACUGGGACAGUGUGACAUCGAUACAAGCUGAUACGUUGUGACACCCUGGGACAUUGGUGACACCCUGAGACGUCGCGACACACUGGGACAGUGUGACAUCGAUACAAGCUGAUACGUUGUGACACCCUGGGACAUUGGUGACACCCUGAGACGUCGCGACACACUGGGACAGUGUGACAUCGAUACAAGCUGAUACGUUG